AUGUCUGACUUCUUCAGAGAUUCGCCACCCCCGUCAACCGAUGGUCGUAUCGUUGACGACACUGUAUCUGUGCUUGAUUCUCUACUUGGAGGUUCAGGCGACGACGAGGCUUCACUCCGAACCUUCCCAAUUCUGUCUUCGGAUGCGUAUGAACGCCCUAUUACGCAAAUGCAGCGUGGUACUCAAGCCAGCACAGGCGGCAUCUCUACUCCGCCUACCCGAUACAAUGCCAAUGGCAUGGUCGGAUACCACUACGCAAAUGGUGCCAAUGGUACCAACGGCACCAACGGCAGUCACGAUAUUCUCGGUCUUCACGAUGUUCAGAGCAAUGCUCCCAUCGACGAGGAGGCGCCCGCUGACACGUCAAGCGUUCGGGUUCGACCCAUUCGUUACCCGGACCCAGACCCUACUGAGUAUCUCAGUAACCCAACUCUAGCCGCGUACGGUAUUAGCGCUAAUGAGCCGACCAAGAUCAACUUCAUCGUCUCCCAUCCGGAAGUAGCCGAUGGAUUAAUUGAGGCUGUCCACAAUGAAUUGGGCCGGGCGAACAUCAACGCCAAGCUUGAGCUUCGGCAGGUAGGCCAGGGGAAGUACCUAGAGAUUAUUACACCCAAGAGGCAUGCCGCGGAGAUCAUCGGAGCAGCACAGGAUGCUACCGAGGAGUUGAUAGCAGAUCGCCAAUCAACUGGACCGCCGCGCAACUUCCAAGAACCACCUAUUGGAAUCGGCGACACCGCUAAGGUUAUUCUGGUAAUCAACACACAAUCUGGCGAGAUCCGACCUAAGUUGGUGCCGGGUAUCAAUUCCACUGCGGAACUACAGCUUCCCCAGAGUCGCGAGGAUUAUGUGGCAAAGCUAUGCCACUUUGUCCACAAGGGACUGAAGAAGGCUGGUCGAGUUCGCUUAUCGUUAUCGCUGAGAGUUCAUCUAGGCUAUUUCCUACUGCGAUCGUAUCCCAAGGGUAAAGAAAUCAGCACGUACCCGGAAUUCUAUACGAUGAUGAUGCACCCCCGUGCCGGUGGAGUGCUGAAGAAAUCCAUUGGCGGCAAGGAUCAAGCCAGGAAGGUCCUAGACUUCAUCAAGAACGAUGCCGAUCACCUAUUUUUGCCCACCAGCAAUCAGGUGGAAGCGACAGCCGACGUACUACCCGAGUACAUCUUCGAGAUACGUUCUCGGAACUACAAGCUUUACGCACCGAUCAAGAAGAGGUCUAGUGGAAACGCAAGAGGUGCUAUGGUCUGUCAGCUAUACCGCAUAAUGGCAUCCAAACUGGACGACAACUUCACCGAGCUGGACAUCCUCAACCUGAGUGUUGGAAAAAACCUCGACUGGAAGCUGGAAGCCGUUCAAGAAGAGAAGGGUGAGAUAUCGUUCCGAGAUAUCACCGAAUACUUGAGAAGUGCCAAAAUCGAGUUGAACAAUGCUGAUCGACCUCACGAUCUCGACGUCUACCCAAGCGUGAAACUUGGCCUCUCCGAUAUGGUAGCCAGCAAGGUCAAGAACGCUACUGUCAAGACUGUAUACCGCUACAGAUGGAAGACCACUCCGUACAUUGUGGAGAUCGCAGUAAGCCGCCAUUGGGACCGUAUUUUCGCUAUGGAGGCUGGCAGGGAUCCCAUCGUCGAACUUGAAAUCAGCGUCUUUGGUGAAUUCUGGGAUGCCACGGACGAAACUGCCGGAAACGUCUGGGGUAACGAACUCGAACUCCUUCUCGACACACCCCAGGGUAAGCCGGAAGCUAGAGGCAUGGACAGGGUCGAGGGUUUUGUGGAAGUCAUUAAGGAGAUCCGGAACACCCUUCACGGGCUCUUCUAA